AUGGUGCAGAGAACUGUCUUGAAAGUCGAUAUUUCAUGCCUUAAAUGUAAGAAGAAGCUCCUCAAGGCCGUUUCUGCGCUACAAGGUGUUGAUAAAGUUGAGACUGAUGCAGCCGAAGGAACUUUAUCGGUGACAGGAGACGCAGACCCAUAUGAAAUUAUAGUCCGCACAAGAAAAGCAGGCAAAUUUGCAGAAGUGGUCAGUAUUGGGCCUCCUCCUGCACCCCCAAAGAAGCCCGACGAGAAGGAACAAGAUGAAAAGAAGCCCGACCCAAAGAUCGAAGUCCACAAUCCCUAUAUGCCCCACAACUGUCUUGUAUGUGAGCGAGUGGCUAUCGUCCCUGUGGGCUGGUGGGAUGAGCCCAAUCCAUCAUGCUCUAUUCUGUGA